AUGGCUUCUAAUCAGUUUGAUUCCCAGGCCUCGACCAACUACAAGGAGGCUUUUGCCCUGUUCGACAAGCGCGGCAACGGUCGCUGUGCCGUCGACUCGCUGGGUGACCUGCUGCGAGCAUGCGGCCAGAACCCCACGCUGGCUGAGAUCCAGGAGCUGGAGAAGGGCCUCGGAGGCGAAUUUGAUUUCGAGACCUUCCAGCGCAUCCUGAACCGACCCGGCGGAUUCCGCGACCCUGGCGAGCCCGAAGAAUACUGCCGUGGCUUCCAAGUGUUUGAUAAAGACAUGACGGGCUUUAUCGGCGUCGGCCAGCUCAAGUACAUCCUGACCAACCUGGGCGAGAAGAUGACGGAGGAGGAGGUCGAUGAGCUGCUCAAGGCUGUGGACACCAGCUCUGGCCAGAUCAACUACACAGAUCUUGUCCGAACUAUCCUCGCCAACUAA